UAGCUGGUCAGGGAAGACGACGGAAGAGGAUCAACAACCGUUUGGGCGUAUCAACAAACACUGAGUACAUUUUAUAUACUUCAUCGUCUCCAUCAGCAUCCAUCCAGUCCCAAAAAAUUCCAAGGUAAGCAAGUGGAGAUUCUCUCCCCUCCCGUUGACCAGCGUGUACUUCUAACUUCCUCCGUCUGGUAAUAAGUACACUUGUAGAGCUCAAAAUUUGUUAUAGAUCUAUAACAAAUUUUAGUCGAUCAACAAACAGUACGUUUUAUAGCUCAACAUCGCCAUUAAUCAGCAUCAGCAGGAGUGUGGAGGAGCGGCAGCCGGAGCUCCGGAAUGGCGGAUAGAGCAGCUGGGUCUCUCCCGGUGGCUAACGUGCAGGUGCUCGCGGAGGCUUGCAACGGCGGGGUCGAUGAGCAGCAGCAGCAGGUGCCCGAGAGGUACCUUAGCAAGGAUCCCAGCUCUGAGGAGGUCGUCGCCGGCGACGACAGUGCUUGCGCGAUUCCGGUCAUCGACCUCCGCAAGCUGCAGGACCCGCAUUCGUCAGAGGAGUGCGCCAAGCUGGCGUCUGCCUGUCUGAACUGGGGCUUCUUCCAGCUAAUCAACCAUGGACUCCCAGAGGAAGUGACUGGAAACCUGAUGAAUGACGUGGCCGAGUUCUUCAAGCAGCCGCUCCAAGACAAGAAGGAAUGCUCCCAGCAAGCCGGCAGCCUCGAAGGCUAUGGCCAGGCCUUCGUCGUGUCUGACGACCAGAAGCUGGACUGGGCAGACAUGCUCUACCUCCAGGUCCAUCCAACUGAAACCAGGGACCUGCGGUUCUGGCCUACUCGCCCUGCAUCCUUCGGGCAUUCCGUAGACGUGUAUUCCUCGGAGGCCAGGCAGCUAGCGUAUCACCUGCUGGAGUUCAUGGCCAGGGGCGCCGGCGCCGAGCCAGCAUCGCAGCGAGCCAUGUUCGAAGGGCAGAUCCAGAGCAUGAGAGUGAACUACUACCCGCCGUGCCGGCAGCAGGCUGACCGGGUGCUGGGCCUGACGGCGCACACCGACGCGUGUGGCCUGACGCUGCUUCGGCAAAAGAACCACGACGUGCAGGGACUGCAGGUCAAGAAGGACGGCAAGUGGUUCGCCGUGAAGGCUCUCGAAGGCGCCUUCAUCGUCAACGUCGGCGACGUCCUUGAGAUCAUGAGCAAUGGGAAAUUCAAAAGUGUUGAGCACAGGGCCGUGAUACACCCAACCAAUGAGCGAAUUUCUGUGGCACUGUUCCACAAUCCUUGCCAGGAUAUGGUGGUUGGUCCUCUGCCAGAGUUCAUGAAAGGCGAUAAAGUGUGUUACAGAUCAACCAAUUACCAGGAUUUCUUGAAGCAAUACUUCACAUCAAAACUUGAUGGGAGGAUGCACGUAGAGAGAUUGAAGUUGGAGCAGUAGCUACCACUUCUACCGUACAUCGUGAAGGAUGGCAGUUAAAAAAAAAUUCUAUCUUGUCCACGAAUAUGAGUACCAGAAAAUAAUUCUAUCUUCGACUAUACAACAUGAGUAGUGUUUAUUCUCAAGCUUUAUGUAUGUAUGCAUCUAUGCUGCAUUCCCCCAGAAAAUAAAUAUGAGUAUUUGGAUA